GGAAAAGCAAAUGAAAUGAUUUAUCUAAGAAAAAGAGGGAAAUUUCUAGUCAUUUUCCAUUAAUUCCGAAGUGCAAGCUACGCCAACAUCUCGUUAUUUUAAGAUUGUUUUCCAAGCUAGUCCAGACUUUUGGAACCAAUAAAAUCAAAACAAUGUGAUGUUCGUCCAAUUCCAUAUCAGUAGGUGAAAGCUCAGCAACUCUGAACUCUUUAUACUUUUCUUCAUUUCCCAUCUUCUCAUUUUGUCCAAUUUCAAGAUUGUUGAGUUGGGUUGCUGCUGCCCUGUGAAGUUUUUCAAAGCAAGGUAUAGAUUUUGGAAAUAAGGCAAGAUUUUUACAGGAGAAAAACAUUGUUGCAUUGGAGAUUGAUUGAAGUUGUCUCAUGAAAUUUUCUUUCAUGAAUCUUGGCGGUGUAAAAGAAAGAAAGAAAUAAAGACUUCAAGAAAAAGAAUUUAUGUUCUUGCAUCUCCCAGGCACAGCACAACACCUUCUUUCGUCUUCAUCGGCUUCCAUUGUUGAGUUAUUCUACUUGGCAGUUACUUAUUUGCUCCUAAGAAAACGGUCAACUCAAGUGUGAAACUCUUGCGUUUUAUAGUGAGUUUUUUGUCGUUUUACUGUUUUCCAAAAUUCGUAGUGCCCACGAUAAUUGCUACUUUUGUUGAUAAGUUGAAAAAAACGCGUUUUGCGUUGGGAUGCGACUCAACUGAGAGUGUGAACUUUGGGUUCUCAAGCCUUCUGUUUCGAUGGAGAAAUUUGAGAAAAUCAGUUGAAAAUCUGAGUUUGCAAUUUUUAAUUUUAUUUUUUUUCUAAAAAUUUUAUGGUGAAAAAAUUGGUGGAAAGAUUGUGAAAUCUAGAGGCUAAAGGUGCCAUCUCUCCUGCGACAGUAAACAAAUGACGAGUCCGUUCAAGUCUUCGCCGUACCGCCGGCGACAUGAUCUAGAGGCCGGAGGCCGCUCCACUGACGAUGAGUCAUCCGGUCCUUUUGAUAUUCUCAGCACUAAAAACGCCUCUAUUGAACGUCUUCGCCGUUGGAGGCAAGCUGCACUUGUGCUUAAUGCUUCUCGUCGAUUCCGAUAUACCCUGGACUUGCAAAAGGAAGAAGAGAAGCAGCAAAUAUUGAGAAAGAUAAGAGCACAUGCACAAGUCAUACGAGCUGCAUAUCGUUUUAAAGCAGCUGGGGAACAAGCAAAUGGAAACACAGAAUUACAUGCAACACCUACAGGUGAUUUUGGAAUUGAUCAAGACCAACUUUCUACAAUGACAAGGGAUCAUAAGUUUGAUUUUCUAGAGCAACUUGGGGGGGUAAAAGGGCUUUCUGAUCUUUUAAAAACAAAUAACGAGAAGGGGAUCUAUGGAGAUGAUGCUGAUUUACUGAAGCGCAAGAAUGCAUUUGGAUCAAACACUUAUCCGCAGAAAAAAGGAAGGACUUUCUGGAUGUUCCUUUGGGAAGCUUGGCAAGAUCUUACUUUAAUCAUAUUGAUGGUGGCUGCUGUGGCUUCUUUGGUGCUGGGUAUAAAGACGGAGGGUAUUAAGGAGGGAUGGUAUGAUGGGGCCAGCAUUGCUUUUGCAGUUAUUCUUGUCAUUGUUGUGACAGCUGUAAGUGAUUACAAACAAUCCCUUCAGUUCCAAAAUCUAAAUGAGGAGAAGAGAAACAUACAUAUGGAGGUUAUUAGAGGGGGUAAAAGAGUUGAUGUUUCAAUAUAUGAUCUUGUUGUUGGAGAUGUUGUUCCCCUCAAUAUUGGUGACCAAGUACCUGCUGAUGGAAUUUUAAUUAUUGGUCACUCUCUUGCAAUUGAUGAAUCUAGCAUGACUGGAGAAAGCAAGAUUGUUCACAAGAAUUCCCGGGAACCAUUUCUAAUGUCGGGCUGUAAAGUGGCUGAUGGUAGUGGCACUAUGUUGGUGACGAGUGUUGGGAUUAACACUGAAUGGGGGUUGCUUAUGGCUAGUAUAUCAGAAGACACUGGUGAAGAAACACCAUUGCAGGUGCGCUUAAAUGGAGUUGCUACUUUUAUUGGUAUUGUUGGACUGACGGUAGCUUUUCUUGUCUUGGUUGUACUUUUGGUCAGAUUCUUUACUGGCCAUACCAAGGAUGCAAAUGGACGACCUCAGUUUAAAGCGGGUAAAACUAGUGUUGGUGAUGCAGUAGAUGGAGCCAUUAAAAUUCUUACUGUUGCGGUUACCAUCGUUGUAGUUGCAGUGCCUGAAGGGCUUCCUUUAGCUGUUACCUUAACUCUUGCCUAUUCUAUGAGAAAAAUGAUGGCAGAUAAGGCCUUGGUGCGUAGGCUUUCUGCCUGUGAAACCAUGGGUUCUGCAACAACCAUUUGCAGUGACAAGACUGGUACUUUAACCCUGAAUCAGAUGACUGUUGUUGCUGCUUAUGCUGGUAGCAAAAAAAUUGAUCCUCCAGAAAAGAAGUCCCAAUUGUCUCCUAAGCUGUCCUCUUUACUUAUUGAAGGCGUUGCACAGAAUACAAAUGGCAGUGUUUUUAUCCCUGAGGGUGGAGGAGACGUAGAGGUUUCUGGAUCACCAACAGAGAAAGCCAUUCUUGUUUGGGGAGUCAAGCUGGGCAUGAAUUUUGAUGCUGUUCGAUCAGAAUCAACUGUUAUUCAUGUUUUCCCAUUCAACUCACAGAAAAAAAGAGGCGGUGUGGCACUACAACUGCCUGACUCUGAAGUCCAUAUACACUGGAAGGGGGCUGCUGAAAUAGUCUUAUCCUCAUGUACAGCUUACUUUGGUGAAAAUGAUAACAUCGAACCAAUGGAUGAUGAAAAGGCUUUAUUUUUCAAGAAAGCUAUUGAAGAUAUGGCAGCCGGCAGUUUGCGCUGUAUUGCUAUUGCGUAUCGAUCUUAUGAGAUCGAUAAAGUUCCAGUCGGUGAACAAGAGCUGAGUCAAUGGGCAUUACCUGAGGAUGAUCUUGUUUUGCUAGCUAUUAUUGGCUUAAAGGACCCAUGUCGACCAGGUGUCAAAGAAGCAGUGCAACUAUGUCAAAACGCUGGUGUGAAGGUGCGUAUGGUCACUGGUGAUAACCUUCAGACUGCUAGAGCGAUUGCUUUGGAAUGUGGAAUACUAGGUUCGAAUGAAGAUGCUGUUGAGCCUAUUCUUAUUGAAGGAAAAGUAUUUCGAGAAUAUUCGGUUGAAGAAAGGGAAAAACACGUUGAGAAGAUAUUGGUAAUGGGACGAUCUUCUCCAAAUGACAAGCUUCUGCUUGUGCAAGCAUUGAGAAAGGGGGGACAUGUUGUUGCUGUAACUGGAGAUGGUACAAAUGAUGCUCCUGCAUUGCAUGAGGCGGAUAUCGGCCUUUCAAUGGGCAUUCAAGGAACAGAAGUGGCUAAGGAAAAUUCCGAUAUCAUUAUCCUGGAUGAUAACUUUGCUUCUGUUGUGAAGGUCGUUCGAUGGGGUAGAUCUGUAUAUGCAAAUAUUCAAAAAUUUAUCCAGUUUCAGCUUACAGUUAAUGUUGCAGCCCUCAUCAUAAAUGUUGUGGCUGCAGUUUCAUCUGGUGAUGUCCCAUUAAAUGCUGUUCAGCUUCUCUGGGUUAACCUUAUCAUGGAUACUCUUGGAGCAUUGGCUUUGGCCACUGAACCGCCUACAGAUCACCUAAUGCAUCGGCCCCCAGUUGGUCGAAGGGAACCUCUCAUAACAAAUAUCAUGUGGAGGAACCUGCUGAUACAGGCAGUAUAUCAGGUGACCGUGUUGCUUGUUCUUAAUUUCCGAGGAAAGACUUUAUUAGGUUUGAAGCAUGAUGGUGCUGACCAUGCAAACAAAGUGAAGAAUACCCUAAUAUUCAAUGCAUUUGUGCUGUGUCAGAUCUUCAAUGAAUUUAAUGCCCGGAAGCCAGAUGAAGUAAAUAUUUUUGAUGGAAUCACAAAGAACCAUCUUUUCAUGGGGAUAGUUGCAAUUACACUCGUUCUUCAGAUCAUUAUCAUCGAGUUUAUUGGGAAGUUUACGUCAACUGUAAAGCUGAAUUGGAAACAAUGGUUGGUUUCUGUUGCUAUUGGUUUUAUCAGUUGGCCUCUUGCAUUUGUUGGCAAAUUGAUACCCGUUCCGGAGACGCCCUUGCAUAAGUUCUUUCCUAGAUUUUCUCAGCAUAGAAAUCCUCAAAGUUGAUCAGAACAAAGGCACGAGGAUUUACAGCAUUGCCUUCAAACUUUCAAAUACAAAGUUAAUAGAUGUGGAUGUUUUUCCCCAUCCAUUUUUUGGGUUUAUAUAGCAUUGCACAAAUCUACACGGAUCUUUAUAUACAGGGUUUAUGAAGAAAGGAAAAGGGCGGCAGCCUCUUUUGAAGGAUUUUAUUUUUCUUUUUAUAUUUCUUUUCGGAAGUUUGAGAUGCUUUGUGCAUGGAGUUACUCUUUUCACAAAUACUUGGGUUACUUCUAACCUGGACACCAAAGACUCAAAAGGAGAAAAAUCAGCCCCCUUUUUUUUUUUCUUUUGCAUUUGGAUUUUGUUUGUACCAUAGUUGUUAUAAUCGGAUCGGCUUGAUUGGUCAGACCAGUUUAAUCCAGAAUUAUACAAGUGGUGUAUUUGUCUUGGGAUAAA